CCAACACAAAAAUCCACACCACCACCCUCUAGCUUGUCUCUAGAUGGAUACCAUGAGAGAUAAGCCAAUAAAAUUCUCAACUUCUGUUUUCUGUUUGAUCAUUUUAUUAUCGGUCUAUAACUCCACUGCGGAGCUACGACGGUUGGUCCAACCACCAAAAUCCGAUGGUACACUCAGUUUUCUAGUUGUCGGCGACUGGGGAAGAAGAGGUUCUUAUAAUCAGUCUCAAGUAGCUCUUCAGAUGGGAAAAACAGGAAAGGAUUUAAAUAUCGAUUUCGUCAUUUCGACUGGAGAUAACUUUUACGAUGACGGAAUAACAAGUCCAUAUGAUUGUCAAUUUCAAGAUUCUUUUACGAAUAUUUACACAGCAUCUAGCUUACAAAAGCCAUGGUAUAAUGUAUUAGGAAACCAUGACUAUAGAGGUAACGUCGCUGCACAACUCAGUCCGAUACUGAAGGAUUUGGACUGUCGAUGGGUUUGUUUAAGAUCUUACGUGGUUAACGCCGAUAUCGUCGAUAUUUUCUUCGUGGACACAACACCGUUCGUAAAUAAAUAUUUUGAUGAGCCAAAGGACCAUGUUUAUGAUUGGAGAGGCGUGCUACCAAGAAACAAGUAUCUUAAGAAUCUCUUAGCGGAUGUCAACGUGGCCUUGCAAAAAUCAGUUGCAAAAUGGAAAAUAGUGGUAGGUCACCACACAAUCAAAAGUGCAGGUCACCACGGGAUUACGAAAGAGCUUGAGAAACAACUUUUACCUAUCCUUGAGGCUAAUAAAGUUGAUCUCUACAUAAACGGGCAUGAUCAUUGCUUGGAGCACAUAAGCAGCAUUAACAGUGGAAUACAAUUUUUGACAAGUGGCGGUGGGUCCAAGGCGUGGAAAGGGGACGUGAACGAGUGGAACCCGCAAGAGAUGAGGUUUUACUAUGAUGGACAAGGAUUCAUGUCGGUUUAUCUAUCGGAAGCAGCACUGCGUGUAGUUUUUUACGAUGGGUAUGGUCGCGUUCUGCAUCAAUGGAACACUUAUAAGGAGGGGAUUUAUACGGAUAUCUAAACGAUCUGUACAAAUGUUAAGAACCAAAUAUUCAUAUUAGUACGUCACUGUUUUUAUAUUUGGUGGUGACUUUCAUGUGACAUAGUUCUAUUUUUAAUGAUGUUAUUAUCCAGCUAAUAAAGUUUGAAAAAGGGAAAUUUACAUGUA